AUGGAAGGCCCAGGGACGUGGCAAGGUUUGGCCCUCGUGGGUAUUGUGACAUGGAUCUGCCUUUCUUCAUAUCUGAAUUUGACCCAUAAAUUUAGAUCUCUUGUGCAACCAUGGGUCGCUCGUCAAGUCGUCGGUGGUGUUCCUCUCAUUCUCCAAAUCCAGAAAUACCAGAAUGGAUUGCUGGAUGCUUUCUUCUCAGGGCUAUCAUGUGUUGUCUCAGUGCCCUUUUACACUGCUUUCUUGCCUUUGCUCUUCUGGAGUGGACAUGGUAGAUUAGCUAGGCAGAUGACUCUAUUGAUAGCAUUCUGUGAUUACUUGGGAAACUGCAUAAAGGAUGUGGUAUCAGCUCCUCGACCUAGCUGCCCACCAGUUAGAAGGAUUACUGCCACAAAAGAUGAGGAAGACAAUGCAAUGGAAUAUGGCUUGCCUUCUUCUCAUACUUUAAACACUGUUUGUUUAUCCGGAUAUCUGUUACACUAUGUGUUAUCCUCUUCUGGAGACGAAAAUGCGUCUGUCCAGUACUAUGGAUUUGCCCUUGCUUGUCUGUUGGUAGCCCUAAUUGCUUUCGGAAGGAUUUACUUGGGUAUGCACAGUGUGGUCGAUAUCAUCGCUGGUCUUGCCAUAGGAGUCUUGAUUCUUGCAUUUUGGCUUACCGUCAACGAAACAAUUGAUGAUUUCAUUACCUCAAAACAGAACGUUAGCACCUUCUGGACUGCUCUUAGUUUCUUAUUGCUCUUUGCUUAUCCGACUCCCGAGCAACCAACUCCAAGCUACGAGUAUCACACCGCCUUCGACGGGGUUGCGCUAGGAAUUGUGACUGGAGUUCAGCAAACGUACAGCCAAUUCCACCACGAAGGAGCUCCACGAAUCUUCUCACCGGAGCUUCCGGUUUCAGCCUACCUUGGGAGAGUUAUGGUGGGGAUACCGACGAUACUCUUGGUGAAAUUCUGCAGUAAAUCCCUUGCUAAAUGGAUCUUACCGACAGUAUCCAACGCACUUGGGAUUCCAAUAAGAUCCAGCACAUACAUUCCCAAGCUCAAGCUCGAUAAAGAAUAUGCAAACGCGAAGAAGACUGAUGAAACAAAGACCUCGGCAGGGUAUCUACAGAAACUGUGCGAGUUCUUGAACCAGGACUCUUUUGAUAUUGACACCGGUAUAAGGUUCUUGCAAUACGCAGGCCUUGCCUGGUCUGUCGUUGAUCUUGUUCCUUCGUUAUUCUCUUACUUUAACUUGUAG